GGUAUUUUGGUAUUUGGGAGUUGUGUGUAUGCUUGAGAGGGGUUUUCAUUUCGUAUUGUGGGGCUUCUCAUUUUGGAUUUGGGGGGAAACCCGAAUCGGUGAUGUAAGAGCUUGAAAUCCCCGCCAAUCCCCUCGAUUUCCUCCAAAUUGGAUUGAGGCGAAUUAUUGGUUUCCUGUUUUGAAGGUAUUCUGAGAGCUGCUGCUGUGCUGUACAUCAAGUUUAAAUAUAAGAUGGAAAGGGAGCAUUUCUGAUUGUUGGAAGAAGAUUGGAGAAUGGAUUGCAAUAAGGAUGAGGCCGUUAGAGCAAAAGAGAUUGCUGAGAGGAAGUUCUCGGAAAGGGAUCUAGAGGGUGCCAGGAAAUUUGCUAUGAAGGCCCAAAAUCUCUUUCCAGCGCUUGAAGGCAUUGGCCAGAUGAUAGCAACUCUAGAUGUUCAUGUUGCCUCGGAAGAAAAAGUUUACGGUGAAAAGGAUUGGUAUGCGAUUCUCAGUGUCAGUGCUUCAGCAGAUGAAGAUACAGUGAAGAAACAGUACAGGAAGUUGGCUCUCCAGCUUCAUCCUGACAAGAACAAAUCUGUUGGUGCUGAAGGUGCUUUUCAGCUCAUUUCUGAGGCAUGGAGUGUCCUAUCUGAUAAGUCUAGGAGAACACUCUAUGACCAGAAGAGAUGUAUUAAGGUGUUCUCACAAAAGACUUCCCGACCAAACAAAAAUAACAAUUUUUCUAGUAAUGUUAAUGGGUUUCACAAAUCUGCCAACAGUGCUGCAUCAAAGGUGCAUUCUGUGAAGAAUAGCACUAAUGUGACUCCAGCGGUUGCGCACUCUUCACCUGAGCCACCAAUACCGGAAACAUUUUGGACAUCUUGUAAUAAGUGCAAAAUGCAAUAUGAGUAUCUCAGGGUGUAUCUUAAUCAUAAUCUUCUUUGUCCAAAUUGUCAUGAGCCUUUCCUAGCUAAAGAGACAAAGAGUUCUGCCAAUGGAUUUAGUUCUUCGGGCCCAUGGUCUGCAUCUCAGCAGUGUCAACCGAGCUCUAACCGCAACUCAACAAGGAAAAAUGCCCCUGGUCUGGGGAGAAGUAACUCGACUCUUCCAGGCAUGGGAUCUUCGGGGAUCCAGAAUGGAGCAAAUCUGGGUUCUUUGAAUAACCAAAACUUCCAGUGGGGGCCUUUUUCUCGAAGUGCAGGAGUUGCAAGUGCCACUGCCUCAUCAGCUGCUGCUGCCCAAGCUGCAAAUGUUGUCCAUCAGACCUAUGAGAAAGUGAGAAAAGAGCGUGAAGAGGCACAAGCAGCAGCUAGAAGGGAAGAGGCUCUUCACAGGAAAAAUAGUAACCUAAAGAGGAAUGCUAGUACAUGUGGAAUUAUUAAUGUAGGGUCAAAUGACACAUUACCUGCAAAGAGAGCACGAGGUGUUGGCAAAGACGCUGCGAGUGAUAAUGCAGCAGCUUCGGCAGAACAAUUUGGUGCGUUUGAAACAAAUAGGACAAGCGGGGUUAAUGGAGACUUCUGCAAGUUCAGAACAGGUGUGAGACAUAACAACUUAGGUAGGGAGUUUCCUCAUAUAGAUAUUCGAAGUAUGUUGAUUGAGAUGACUAAGUUAGCAAUACAUAAGAAGCUAGAAGAUUGGAAAUCUGCUGCCACUGAAAAAAUAGAUGCAAAAGAAAAUGUGAAAAAGAAACAAAAACUGAGUGAAACUGACAAUGAAGAGGUAAACAAUGUUCAUCGCAAUGCCACUAAUCAAGACAGAGUGGUUGAGUCUAUGAGUGAUACUGAACAGUUUGCCACUGAGAAGAACUCAUCCAAUGUCCAAUCUUCUGAUUCAGAUAAUGAGUGUAAUGAACCGGUGUCAAUAGUUGUUCCUGAUCCAGAUUUUCAUGAUUUUGAUAAUGACCGUUCAGAGCAAUCUUUUGAAAGUGAUCAAAUAUGGGCCACUUAUGAUGAUGAGGAUGGUAUGCCUCGGUAUUAUGCUCUGGUUCAGCAAGUUAUUUCUUUGAAACCUUUUAAAGUGCGCAUGAGUUUUCUCACUUCAAGGUCAAAUAGUGAGUUUGGGCCUUUGAAUUGGGUUGCAUCUGGUUUUCCAAAAACCUGUGGUGAUUUCAGGAUAGGACGAUAUGAGGUGAAUGAUACAAUUAAUAUUUUCUCUCACAAGGUCAGGUGGGAAAAGGGCCCCCGUGGUGUCAUCAAAAUUGUUCCGAGAAAAGGUGAAACGUGGGCUCUUUAUAGAAACUGGUCUCCAGAGUGGAAUGAACACACUGCUGAUGAUAUUAUUUAUAAGUAUGAUAUGGUAGAAGUACUUGAAGACUAUAGUGAGGAACAGGGUGUGUCUAUAAUCCCUUUAGUGAAAGUGUCUGGAUUUAGAACAAUAUUCUGUCGUCACCUGGAUCCUAUGAAAUUAAAGAGAAUACCAAAAGAAGAGAUGUUUCGGUUUUCACAUCAAGUGCCUUCGUAUUUACUGACUGGUGAAGAAGCUGAAAAUGCUCCUAAGGGUUUCUUUGAGCUGGAUCCGGCAGCAACUCCUUUAGAGCUUCUUCAGAUAAAUGAAAACAAAACAGAAGUGGCUGCAGAGGCUGUUGAACAGGCAGUCAAAUAGUUGCUAACAGUUGGUAUUUGUUAAACUUGCAGAAUCAUUUAACCCCAAGUGCAUUUUGACAUUUAGUUCCCAUAUUUGUAUAGUAUGAAAAGCUUUUUGGUUGGUGUUUGGGACAAAGGUGCUGGAAGAUUUCUUUGCAGUUACUUGUGAUAGAUGUUUUCUAUUCAUCUCUGACCAGAAUUUUUGUCUGCAACUGAGGGGUAACCGAGACUUUCAAUAUUUGUCGAAUCCAGAUUCCAGAGAUUAAUAUUGUUCACCAAGCUUUUACUAUUGUUUCGUUUGGAAAAUUGGUGCCCUCUAAUAUUGCUUGAGCUGAACUUUAGAACAGAAGAGAGGUUUAAUGAAUAUACCCACUGUCUGCAGACAGCUGAUAAUGCAAGCUUUAGAGAUUUGGUACAGUGGAAUUUGAUCUGAUUGCCUCUGGAUGUUUAUUCCUUGGGAUCUUUUGCUAAAUUGGGUACAAAUUUUACAGUUUUUUCCGUUUUUCUUUCUUCGCUUGUGACUACUCAAAAAGGAAAUAUCAAGAAAGAAGUGCAUUGGAAAUUUGUUAUCGGUUACUGAUGCUAUACUACUGACGGUGGUCUCGUUUCUUGCUUGCCAUAUCAUGCGGUGAUUGCAUCGCUCGAAAAUGGUUGAUAAUCGAAGACUUAAUUGUUAAAUUUUAUAGAACAUUCAGCACAAAAGUUUGCUCUUUUUUCAUAUUCUAAAAAUUUGUCGGUUGCAUUUCAAUCAAUUCUCACUUGGAAUGAUGAAAGGCUUGACGCCAGUAGUCAUGGCUCUGUCGAGCAAACUUAAAAACUCAUAUUAACCCUUCUGGAUUCCUGUGAGCAAAUCUUAUGGAACUUGUGUUGUUUUGUAGAUAAUA